AUGCACGCUGGAUGCCAUGUCCAGAUACCGCGAGAGAUCGCGUUGAAGAAAGCGGUGAUUAACGUGCGAUCUACGGAUAACGCGUGUUUCGCGUGGGCGAUAGUCGCCGCUUUAUAUCCGGUUGAGAAAAACACGGAGAGAAGCUCGCGGUAUCCUCACUACUCGACGGUGCUGAAUCUGGAGGGUAUCGAGUUUCCCAUGAGUUUAAAUGGAAUUACUAGAUUCGAGCGUAUUAACAACAUAUCUAUUAAUGUGUAUACCGUUCGAGAUAAGAAGGACGGGAAAAGUAGCUGCCGUAUCGUUCCUCUGCGUCUCACUUGUAAUAAGAAGGACAGACACGUUAAUUUGCUGUAUCUGAGCGAUACGACGCAACGAGAUAAUACGGCGCAUUUCGCAUGGAUUAAGAAUUUGUCUCGACUCAUCGGAUCGCAACUGAGCAAUAGGCAACAUAAAGCGCAUAUAUGCGAUCGAUGCAUGCAUUAUUUUCGAACGAGCGAUAAAUUAUCGGCUCACAGCGCGGACUGUGGAAGGAUGAACGAGUGCGCUAUAGUUCUUCCUACUGAAGAUGACAAAUGGUUAGAGUUUCGCAAUUACUGUAGAAAGGAGAGACUUCCAUUCGUGGUGUAUGCCGAUCUCGAAUGCGUGCUGGAGAAGAAAGAGGAGAAGAGAACACCGAAUACAUCUAUCAUUCAGCAUCACAAAGUCUAUAGCGCUGGAUAUUACGCGCGAUACGCGUUCGACGAUGCUGGUUCGACUUACAAAGCCUAUCGCAGCGAAGAUUGCGUAUCGUGGUUCGUUAAAGAACUGUACGAUCUAGCGCUUCGCGCGAAGACUAUUCUCGACACCGAUGCGCCUAUGACGGAUCUUACAGCGGACGAAUGGGAGAGAUUCAUGAGCGCGACGCACUGUCGCGUAUGCGAGAGGCCGUUCGAAUCGGAAGACGCUCGCGUGCGCGAUCACUGUCAUCUAACCGGGCAGUAUAGAGGUCCGGCGCAUUCGAAUUGUAAUGUAAAUUAUAAGGAGACUUACGUAAUUCCCGUAUUCUUUCACAAUUUAUCGGGCUACGACGCGUAUUUCAUCAUUAAUGAUGUGGCUAAUGCUUUUCCCGGCAGCGUCGAACUGUUGCCGCUAACGAAGGAAACGUACAUCUCUUUUACGAAGAACGUCGAGGAUGCGUCGAACGAGAGAUGGUUCGGGAGACGCCUGAAAUUGCGCUUCGUGGAUUCUUUCCAGUUUCUAAGGGCGAGUCUCGAAAAAUUGGCGUCGUAUCUCGACAAAAGCAAGCUGAGGAUCGCGCGUUCGGAAUUUUUCGAUCUCGACGACGCUGAUUUCGAGCUUCUCGCGCAAAAAGGCGUGUUUCCAUAUGAGUACGUCGACGACGUCGAUAAAUUGCUGGAGACUCAUCUACCACCGCGCGAGGCUUUCCACAGUUUGUUGACCAGUGACGCGAUAUCCGAGAGCGAUUACGCGCGCGCGAUAAGAGUCUGA